CGGGCGGCGCAUGCGCACUCGCGCUGCUGCCUGCCGCCACAGCCGCGGCCCCCCAAGCUGACUGUGGCCCCACCUCCCUGUGAGGGUCGCGGGGCUCCGGCUCCUGGGCGGGAGCGACCGUCUCGCCUCGGAUGGCUCCUCUGUUCGGCUGCAGCGCCUCCCAACAGCUGCGGCUACAGCCUGACGCUUGCGCAGAUAACUCCCCGCGGAGGUGGCCCAGAGGCCCAAGGGAUCCCGGUGGACCUGGGCAGACGACCCCACGACUGUCCGAGGCCACGGGGAAAAUGGUGGAAAACUCACCAUCGCCAUUGCCAGAAAGAGCGAUUUAUGGCUUUGUACUUUUCUUAAGCUCUCAGUUUGGCUUCAUACUUUAUCUUGUGUGGGCUUUUAUUCCUGAAUCUUGGCUACACUCCUUAGGCUUAACCUAUUGGCCUCAAAAAUACUGGGCAGUGGCAUUGCCUGUGUACCUCCUUAUUACCAUAGCAAUGGGUUAUGUGCUCUUAUUUGGAAUUAAUAUGAUGAGCACCUCUCCACUCGACUCCAUUCAUACAAUCACAGAUAACUAUGCUGAAAAUCAACAGCAGAAGAAAUAUCAAGAAGAGUCCAUCCCAGCAUUAAGGGACAUUCCUAUUAGUGAACUUCUGCAGAAGAAAGAUAAUCAUCUUAAACAGGAAAACGAGGACUUCAUCUCAACGAGGGUGUCUUUCUGCAGCAAGCAUGCAUGGAUGACAGAAAUCUGCUGUUCCUGCUGCCACAUCUGUCUGGUUCCUGUAUUUUAUCAUCGCACCAUGGCACCAUACUCCAGGCAGUUUGAGUCACUCAACUCUCUCAAGCAUAGAGAAGUAUAAAUAAAUAGUGUGUUACAACAAAUACUACAAAGCCACGUACACAAAAAUAAACUACUACUUGAUAUAA